AUGCGCACCAUUUCUGCCAUUACCCUCUUCCUUGGAUUCUACUUGACUUCGAGUCAAGCUCUGGAGCUUCGGGCAUCGAGAUCCUUGAUCAAGGAAGACUUGCUCAAGAGGAGCCAUGACCGCAGCCUGGUGACCAUUGAAGACGUUGAUCUGGAGGUGUAUCAGGCUGCCUUGGAAGACCCAUCUGAUGCAAAUGCUAUUUCACGUCUUGCAGAAGACCAAGACGCAUUCCUUCACGACAACUCUGAUAUCAUUCUUACUACUGACUUCUUGGCCAACGGACAGGCUUCCAAACAUUUGCAAGAGAUUGGCUUUCCCGGUAUGGAACGUCUCGACAAGGAAAGUAUGAAAGAGCUAGAUGCUUACUUUUUUGGUGGAAGAAAUGGCAAUGGAUGUGGAAAUUUCUGGUGUGAGACUCCCGCCACCAUUGCAUUGUAUGGGAUCAUCAAUGUUGGAGCUAUCAUUACCAAGUUCCAUAUAUCAGCCAUUGCCGCUGCCUUGGCUAUUCCGACGGGAGCAUCUUCGGCUGUGAUUGGUCUUGUGCUUGGGAUUGCCAUUAGUCUUGGCGCCACAGCUGGCAAUGCUCUUGUUGGAACUAUUGUUCAUGAGGCCUGCUGCAACAUUCAAGCUUACGAGGAGUGA